AUGAAAUUCAUUGUAGUUUUGGCGAUAGCUAUAGCCGUCAGUGUCAUCAAUGUAGACGCCAGAAAAAACUGGGCCUUGCUUAUUGCUGGCUCGGCUGGCUACGACAAUUACAGGCACCAAGCUGAUAUCUGCCAUGCUUACCAGAUUGUGCACAAAGCUGGAAUCCCCGAUGAGCAGAUAGUGGUUAUGAUGUACGAUGAUAUUGCUGAUAACACAGAAAACCCUGUGAAAGGCAACAUUAUCAACAAACCGGAUGGCCCUAAUGUGUAUCCGGGUGUUCUCAAGGACUACACGGGCAAAGAGGUCACUGCCAAGACGUUCCUGUCUGUGCUCCAGGGAGAUAAGGACGGAAUCUACAACCAGCUUGGUCGCAGUGGCAAGGUCAUCAACUCCGGUCCUGACGAUUACGUCUUCGUCUAUUUUGCUGAUCAUGGCGCUCCAGGAAUUUUGGGAAUGCCAAACCCGCCAUAUUUGAAAGCCCGGGCCUUAAACGAAGCCCUGAAAAAAUUGCAUACAGAUAAAAAGUUCGCUAAACUUGUCUUCUACGUGGAAGCUUGUGAGUCCGGGUCCGUCUUUGACAAGCUGUUGCCCAAAGACAUCAAUAUCUACGUGACCACCGCGGCCAACCCGACCGAGUCCAGCUAUGCUUGUUACCUUGACGAGAAACGUGGUACCUAUCUGGGAGACGUUUUCAGUGUCAAAUUCUUGGAGAAUAUUGACGCCAGCGACAUCCACACAGAGACACUGGAGGCACAGUUCAAGAAGAUCAAAGAAGAAACUACGACAAGUCACGUGCAACAAUAUGGCGACCUCGCUAUUGAUGUGCUAACAGUGGACACGUUUAUCGGAGACAACAAACAGGUAAAUCAAAGUAGAAGUGAUUUUCUGAUAAGACCAAGUAGUUUGCCAAUCAAAGAUGCCAUCCCAAGUGAAAUGGUGGUGCUACAAUCACUGAAACACAGACUUGCGGCUGCCCCAGCGAACUCGCUGCAGAAGAUGGAGUUGGAAAAGAAGCUGUCGCAAACUCUAACUACCAUGAAACAAACUCACAAACUCAUCUGGGAUAUCGCCCGAACCGUGCACAGUGGUUUGCCAGAGAAUACCGUGUACGAUCUCAGCAUGAAGGACCACAAUGAAAUCAACAAUUGGGAUUGCUAUGAAACGGCUGUGGACACUUUGUUGGCAUUCUGUCCUGGCCUGGACAUUACCACCAAUGAUUUCGCUCUCAGGAAAUUAUACGCCUUGGUCAACCUAUGCAACAACAACCCUCAGGACAAGGUCAUCCGAGCUGUCGAAGCUGCUUCUGUUGUCAACCCUUUAUGUUUGGCAUAA